AUGAUCGACUACUUGCAGACAAUUUUCGUCGUGGUCGUCGCCAUGGUAUACGUCCAGGCGGAAAAAUCAAAAGUCAUACCGCCAUACAUAAAACAAUGCAUACGAAACGACCCAAAGCUCAAUGAAUGUCUCGCAGCGGAAAUCAAUCAUUUAAGACCGUACUUGAAAGAAGGAAUCGAUGAAAUUGAAUUGCCACCCGUGGAACCUUUCAGAAUGGAUUCGUUGAGUUUAGCAAUUACCGGUGGAUCUAAUGGCUACAAAAUCACUUUGAGGGACAUUGAUUUGUUUGGAGCCAGCAAUUUCUCCAUUCAAAAAGUGUUAUUGCGUCCGAAUGCACCAUUUGAAGGUAAAGUCAGAAUUCCAAAAAUGACAAUGGAUGCCAAAUAUGCCAGUACUGGAGUUUUGUUAGUGCUGCCUGCUAAUGGAAAUGGAUCAUUCCAUGCAGAUUUAGGUGAUGUCACUGCUACAGUAAAAGGAAUCGUGUCUAGUUAUUACAAAGAUACCGAAAAAUAUUACAACUUGGACUUCUUGGAAGUAGAUUUAGUCAUAAAAAAAGCAUACAUGGUUGUUAGCAAAGUCAACAAUAAUAGGAUAAUUGUUGAAGCAACAAACUUAUUUUUGCGUGAAAACGGCCAGGAAGUAUUACAAGUAAUGAUGCCUCAACUCCGAAGCAAAUUGGCAGCCAUUUUCAAGGCGAUAGUCAAUCAAUUACUGACUCACGUCCCCGCAGAUACGUUCUUCAGUAAUUAA